ACGACGAUCUCAUUUAUGCGAGCUUGACCAUUUCCGCACUUAAAUUCGGAGGUCACUGACUCCGAACUCUGAAAUUCUCAGCUUCCUCCCUCCUACCUUUGGGCGGUGAUUCGUUUUCUUCCGUUCGUUUCUAGGGUUUCGGAAUUGGUUUCCAAGCGAAUGCCGGAGCCAAGGGCUCGAACCUGAACACGAGGCGGGGAAUCUCAGAGAGAUAGAACAGAGAAGAAGAUGAAGGCGGGAAGUGCCGCCAAACUCAUCGUCGACGCUCUGCUACAGCGGUUUCUUCCCCUCGCUCGCCGCCGUAUCGAGACCGCUCAAGCACAGGAUGGGCAAUAUCUUCGACCAUCAGAUCCUGCCUAUGAGCAAGUACUGGAUUCCCUAGCUAUGGUUGCUAGACAUACCCCGGUACCACUUUUAGAAGCUCUUCUAAAAUGGAGAGAAAGCGAAUCCCCAAAAGGUGCAAAUGAUGCGUCUACAUUCCAAAGGAAGCUUGCAGUGGAGUGCAUUUUUUGCUCAGCUUGUAUUCGAUUUGUGGAGUGCUGUCCACAGGAGGGACUUACUGAGAAGCUUUGGUCUGGACUUGAAAAUUUUGUCUUUGAUUGGUUAAUCAAUGCUGAUAGGCUUGUUAGCCAGGUUGAAUACCCAUCCUUGGUUGAUCUUCGGGGGCUUCUUUUGGAUUUGGUUGCUCAACUCUUAGGUGCCUUAUCUCGCAUCAGGUUUAGUUCUGUGACGGAGCGUUUUUUCAUGGAACUCAAUACUCGUCGGAUAGAAACUAAUGCUGCCCGAAGUGAAACACUUAGUAUCAUAAACGGAAUGCGCUACUUGAAGUUAGGGGUGAAAACUGAGGGUGGAUUGAAUGCGUCUGCCUCCUUUGUGGCAAAAGCAAACCCUCUUAACCGUGCUCCUAAUAAACGGAAAACUGAGGUUUACCAUGCACUAUGCAAUAUGCUUUCAAACAUCUUAGCACCUUUGGCAGAUGGGGGGAAAAGUCAGUGGCCGCCUUCAGGUGUAGAGCCUGCACUUACCUUCUGGUAUGAAGCUGUUGGAAGAAUAAGAAUACAGCUCAUGCAUUGGAUGGAUAAACAGAGCAAGCAUAUUGCUGUUGGUUAUCCCUUGGUGACUCUUCUCCUCUGUCUUGGUGAUCCUCAAAUAUUCCACAACAACUUAAGCUCUCACAGGGAGCAACUCUACAAGCUUCUUCUUAGAGACAAGACCCAUCGUUUCAUGGCCUUGGACUGUCUUCAUCGAGUUUUGAGGUUCUACUUGAGUGUGCAUGCUGCAAACCAGGCUCCAAAUCAGAUAUGGGACUACUUAGACAGUGUGACCUCACAACUGUUAACAGUUUUAAGGAAAGGGAUGCUUACGCAAGAUGUCCAACAUGAUAAACUUGUGGAGUUCUGUGUGACUAUAGCAGAACACAAUCUUGAUUUUGCCAUGAAUCAUAUGAUAUUAGAACUGCUUAAGCAAGAUAGUCUUAGCGAGGUGAAAGUUAUUGGUCUUCGAGCUUUGCUUGCAAUAGUAAUGUCACCUUCUAGCCAGUAUGUGGGCUUGGAAAUUUUUACAGGUCAUGAUAUUGGCCACUACAUUCCAAAAGUGAAGGCUGCAAUUGAGUCAAUUUUGAGGUCAUGCCAUAGAACCUAUAGUCAGGCACUUCUAACAUCUUCAAGGACAACGAUAGAUGCUGUAACAAAGGAAAAAUCUCAGGGAUAUCUUUUCCGAUCUGUGCUAAAGUGCAUACCAUAUCUUAUUGAAGAGGUUGGCAGAAGUGAUAAAAUUACAGAAAUAAUACCUCAACAUGGCAUAAGUAUUGAUCCUGGUGUCCGUGAGGAAGCAGUGCAGGUACUUAACCGGAUUGUAAGAUUUCUUCCCCAUCGACGAUUUGCAGUUAUGCGAGGGAUGGCGAACUUCAUCCAACGCCUUCCUGAUGAAUUCCCUCUUCUAAUUCAAACAUCAUUGGGCCGCUUGUUGGAACUCAUGCGUUUUUGGAGAGCUUGUCUAAUUGAUGAUAGAUUGGAAAGUGAUGCUCAAAAUGCUAAGCGUGUGGAACAAGGAAAUGAGGGAUUCAAAAGAUCUUCGUUUCACCAAUCUGGAGAAUCUAUUGAAUUUCGUGCUUCAGAGAUAGAUGCUGUUGGUCUCAUCUUCCUUAGUUCUGUGGAUAGCCAAAUUAGACAUACUGCACUGGAACUACUACGUUGUGUUCGUGCUUUGAGGAAUGAUAUAAGAGAACUUUCAUCGCGUGAGCAAUCAGACUAUAAUUUGAAAUACGAAGCAGAACCAAUAUUUAUUAUUGAUGUCCUGGAGGAGCAUGGGGAUGAUAUUGUUCAGAGCUGCUACUGGGAUUCUGGGCGUCCGUUUGAUUUGAGACGAGAAUCUGAUGCAAUCCCUCCUGAUGUAACGCUUCAAUCUAUAAUAUUUGAGAGCCCUGAUAAGAAUAGGUGGGCUCGGUGUCUUAGCGAGCUUGUCAAAUAUGCCGCUGAGCUUUGCCCGAGCUCUGUUCAGGAAGCGAAGAUAGAGGUUAUACAACGCCUUGCUCAUAUCACACCUGUUGAAUUGGGUGGGAAAGCCCAUCAGUCUCAAGAUUCAGACAACAAGCUGGACCAGUGGCUUAUGUAUGCCAUGUUCGUAUGUUCAUGUCCAGCAGUUGGCAAAGAAGCUGGUAGCUCAGCAGCAACCAAAGAUCUUUACCAUCUUAUUUUCCCCUCCCUAAAAUCAGGAUCGGAAGCACAUGUACAUGCAGCAACUAUGGCUCUUGGGCACUCACAUCUGGAAGCAUGUGAAAUCAUGUUUGGUGAGCUUGCUUCUUUUAUUGACGAGGUUUCCUCAGAGACAGAGGGGAAACCAAAGUGGAAGAGUCAAAAGGGACGCCGUGAGGAGCUCCGGAUUCAUAUUGCAAAUAUAUAUCGUACUGUUGCUGAGAAUAUCUGGCCAGGCAUGCUGGCCCGUAAGCCAGUUUUCCGUCUGCAUUAUCUGAAGUUCAUUGAUGAGACAACCAGACAGAUUUUAACAGCAUCUGCUGAGAGCUUCCAAGAAAUGCAGCCUCUUCGCUAUGCACUCGCAUAUGUUCUAAGAUCACUAGCCCCUGAAUUUGUUGAAGCAAAAACAGAGAAAUUUGAUGUUAGAACUAGAAAGAGACUGUUUGACCUUCUCCUCUCCUGGUCUGAUGAUACAGGCAGUACGUGGGGUGGAGAUAGUGUUAGUGAUUAUCGACGAGAAGUAGAUCGUUACAAGUCUUCUCAGCAUGCCAGGUCAAAAGAUUCUGUAGACAAAUUAUCAUUUGAUAAAGAACUGAGUGAACAAGUUGAGGCAAUCCAGUGGGCAUCCAUGAAUGCCAUGGCUUCACUCUUAUAUGGGCCUUGCUUCGAUGACAAUGCAAGAAAAAUGAGUGGCCGGGUCAUAUCAUGGAUCAACAGUUUGUUCAUUGAGCCUGCACCGAGGGCUCCAUAUGGUUACUCACCAGAUCCGAGAACUCCAUCUUAUUCCAAGUACACAGGAGAAGGUGGUCGGGGAACUGCUGGUCGUGAUAGGCAUAGGGGUGGACAUCAUCGUGUUUCUUUAGCAAAACUGGCUUUAAAGAAUCUUCUACUUACAAAUUUGGACCUCUUUCCUGCUUGUAUUGAUCAGUGCUACUACUCCGAUCCUGCUAUAGCAGAUGGUUAUUUCAGUGUAUUGGCUGAGGUAUACAUGCGCCAAGAGAUACCCAAAUGUGAAAUCCAGAGACUCUUAAGUCUGAUUCUCUACAAGGUGGUGGAUCCAUCAAGGCAAAUCCGUGAUGAUGCCCUUCAGAUGCUUGAGACACUUUCUGUUCGUGAGUGGGCCGAAGAUGGCAUUGAGGGCUCAGGGAGCUAUCGGGCUGCUGUUGUUGGCAACCUUCCUGAUUCCUACCAACAAUUUCAGUAUAAGCUAUCAUGCAAACUUGCGAAAGAUCACCCUGAGUUAAGCCAGCUUCUCUGUGAAGAGAUCAUGCAGAGACAACUUGAUGCAGUUGAUAUUAUUGCCCAACAUCAGGUCUUAACUUGCAUGGCCCCAUGGAUUGAGAACCUGAAUUUCUGGAAACUUAAGGACUCAGGCUGGAGCGAAAGAUUAUUAAAAUCUCUUUACUAUGUAACAUGGCGGCAUGGAGACCAGUUCCCUGAUGAAAUUGAGAAACUUUGGAGCACUAUUGCUAGCAAACCCAGAAAUAUUAGUCCCGUUCUAGAUUUCUUGAUCACCAAAGGGAUUGAAGAUUGUGACUCUAAUGCAUCUGCUGAAAUAAGUGGUGCUUUUGCUACAUAUUUUUCAGUCGCUAAAAGAGUAAGCUUGUAUUUAGCACGGAUAUGUCCUCAGCGUACCAUAGAUCACCUGGUUUAUCAAUUGGCUCAGCGGAUGCUAGAGGAUAGCAUGGAGCCAGUUGUGCCAACUGCAAACAAGGCUGACUCCAGUGGGAACUUUGUCUUGGAAUUCUCUCAGGGGCCUCCGGUAGCUCAAAUUGCUUCUGUUGUGGACAGUCAACCACACAUGUCACCUUUACUUGUUCGGGGUUCCCUUGAUGGUCCACUAAGGAAUGCCAGUGGUAGCCUUAGCUGGCGAACAGCAGGUGUAACAGGCCGAAGUGUAUCGGGCCCAUUAAGUCCAAUGCCUCCCGAGUUGAACAUCGUUCCUGUAAAUACAGCACGGUCAGGCCAGUUGCUUCCAGCAUUGGUAAACAUGUCAGGGCCGUUAAUGGGUGUAAGAAGUUCAACAGGAAGUUUGCGGAGCCGUCAUGUUUCCAGGGACAGUGGAGACUACCUUAUCGACACUCCAAACUCUGGCGAAGAUGGGCUGCAUUCUGGGGCUGCCAUGCAUGGAGUUAAUGCCAAAGAACUUCAGUCAGCGUUGCAGGGUCAUCAGCAACACUCGUUGACUCAUGCAGAUAUUGCAUUGAUUCUACUAGCAGAAAUUGCAUAUGAGAAUGACGAAGAUUUUCGCGAGCACUUGCCUCUUCUUUUCCAUGUUACAUUUGUUUCAAUGGAUAGUUCGGAGGAUAUUGUGCUAGAGCAUUGCCAGCAUUUGCUUGUCAAUCUACUAUACUCCCUUGCGGGCCGACAUUUGGAGCUGUAUGAGGUGGAAAACAGUGAUGGAGAGAACAAGCAGCAGGUUGUAAGCCUGAUCAAGUACGUGCAAUCAAAGCGAGGAAGUAUGAUGUGGGAGAAUGAGGAUCCCACAGUUGUCAGAACCGAGCUUCCCAGUGCAGCACUUUUGUCUGCAUUAGUUCAAAGCAUGGUGGAUGCCAUAUUCUUCCAAGGAGAUCUCCGUGAGACUUGGGGAGCUGAGGCUCUGAAGUGGGCCAUGGAAUGCACAUCAAGACACCUUGCUUGUCGUUCACAUCAGAUCUACCGUGCACUGCGGCCUAGCGUCACCAGUGACACAUGUGUAUCGCUUCUCCGGUGCCUUCACAGAUGCCUGGGGAACCCAGUACCUCCAGUGUUGGGAUUCGUUAUGGAAAUCUUGAUGACAUUGCAAGUGAUGGUGGAGAAUAUGGAACCUGAGAAGGUGAUACUCUACCCCCAACUCUUUUGGGGAUGUGUGGCCUUGAUGCACACGGAUUUUGUUCACGUCUAUUGCCAAGUGCUUGAGCUCUUCUCACGUGUGAUUGACCGUCUAUCAUUCCGGGACAGAACAACAGAGAACGUGCUUCUCUCGAGCAUGCCAAGAGAUGAGUUUGAUACCAGCGGUGAAAUUGGGGACUUCCAGCGGACAGAAUCUAGGAAUGGCUCUGGGGGUCAUCUGCCAACAUUUGAAGGAGUGCAACCUCUCGUGCUUAAAGGGCUCAUGUCCACCGUCAGUCACGGUGUUUCUAUCGAGGUUCUCUCUCGGAUCACCGUUCACUCUUGUGACUCUAUAUUUGGAGGCGCAGAAACAAGACUGUUGAUGCACAUUACAGGCUUGCUUCACUGGCUAUGUUUGCAGCUUAGCAAGGACCCUGUAAUGGGGCCUGCUUCACCACUUCAGCAGCAGUACCAAAAAGCUUGCUCUGUUGCAGCCAACAUCUCGGUCUGGUGUCGAGCAAAAUCGUUGGACGAAUUAGCCACCGUGUUUUUGGCUUACUCUCGAGGCGAGAUCAAAAGCAUUGAGAACCUCCUCUCAUGCGUUUCACCUCUGCUAUGCAACGAGUGGUUUCCAAAGCACUCAGCACUGGCUUUUGGACACUUGCUACGGCUACUAGAGAAAGGGCCAGUUGAGUAUCAGCGUGUGAUUCUACUCAUGCUCAAGGCAUUGCUUCAGCACACUCCAAUGGACGCCGCCCAAAGUCCACACAUGUAUGCAAUAGUGUCUCAGUUGGUGGAGAGCACUUUGUGUUGGGAGGCGCUGAGUGUGUUGGAAGCCCUUCUGCAGAGCUGCAGCUCAUUGACUGGCUCUCACCCUCACGAACCCGGACCAUUCGAGAAUGGGAUCACUGGAAGCGGCGAUGAGAAGAUCCUUGCUUCUCAGACCUCAUUCAAGGCUCGCAGUGGGCCUCUACAAUACAACAUGGGAUCUGCGUUUGGGACUGGUUCUGCACCCGCGCCCGUGGGGUCGAAUGACUCGGGAUUGCCGUCCAGAGAAGUGGCUCUGCAGAACACGCGUCUCAUCCUUGGGCGUGUGCUUGAUAGCUGCGCGCUAGGCAAGAGAAGGGAAUACCGAAGGCUGGUGCCUUUUGUGAUCAAUAUUGGUAACCCAUAACCUUUUGUAAUGCCAUGUUUUGGCACAUGUAGCUUCUCAGAUAAAAGUAAAAAAAAAAAAAAAGAAGAAAAAAAAUAGUAAUUUUGAGGGUGAAUUUGUAUAUAUGUAGUCUUUUGUGGAGUAGUGAGCAGGGUAAUUUAUUUGUACAGUUCCAGCGUUUUAGAUGUCCUCGUGAUGAUUCAAUAACAUCUAUUGGUUAGGUUUUUUUUUA